CUGCUGUCCUCCUGUCCUGGUCUCCUGCUGUCCCCCUGUCCUGCUGUCCCCCUGUCCCCAGCCCUGCCGGGGUCACUGCCGGUCUCCCUGUCCCAUUUCCGUGGCCCCUGUCCGUGCCCACGAUUCCCAUUAGAGCCCAGAAUGGGAUUUACUCCCCUUUUUACCCCAAAUUGUCCCUGUUCUCAGCAGGACAGGGCUGCCAUGGCUGAGGAAGAGGAGCUGGGCACCAGGGCCACCAGGAAGGGCACCUAAAAUGGGAUUUAUUCCCGUUUUUACCCCAGAUUCCCAUUUCCCCUGCAGGACACACAGAGGGCUGCCAUGGCUGAGGAGGAGGAGCUGGGCACCAGGGCCACCAGGAGGGGCCCUCUGUCAGCUGGCAGUGCCCGGGGCGGUGCCACCGAGUCCAGCACGCUGCUGCAGGAGCUCCGCGGCAACAUCUCCAAAUCCGUGCAGAGCAAGGUGGACUCCAUCCUGCAGGACGUGCAGAAGUUCUCGGACAGCGACAAACUCUACCUGUACCUGCAACUGCCCUCGGGGCCCAGCCUGGGCGAGAAGAG